CCUGCCUGCUGCAGGCUGGCUGGAUUUCGGGGUGGAAGUCUGUGCAUUCCCCCCACAGGAGUGACUUGGCAGGGUGGAUUCUCUGAGGGGUAAGGAGCCGAGAAGUUUUGGAUACCAAGUUUCCAACAGGAGCCGGGACUUUCUCUCCAUCCGGAUCUGGGACGAUAGAGCCGUGUGAGCCCCUGGACCAAGGUGGAAGCCGGGGGGUCGCUGGGGCAUGAGCAGAGAUGGCUGACAACUCGGACUCGCGGGAGUCAGAUAACAACAGCUGGGUGAUUGCUGGAUCCGAGGUGCUGCCCGUGGAAGAGCUCAGUGUGGAAACGGCAGAAGAAACUCAGGCACUGACUGAGCCAGCAAAAGAUGGCACCCAAGUCUGCCCUACGGACAGCAAAUUCCCCGGUGGCCAACAUGACCCAGAGGAAGCCAAGCUCAAGGAUUCUGGGGUGGUGCCACCCCCUAGUCCUGGCCCAGCCAGACCUCCAGAGCCCACCCACUUGGAAAGGGAACCCCGGACUCCACCUUUAAAGGAGCCAAGCCCCCAUGAUGCUGAGGCAGGACCCGCACCCGUCGCUGGGGACACCCUGAUCAUCCACAAAGCAGGCCCUCUGGAGGGACGAGCAAGCGCAUCCAGCAGUGAGGAAGAGGCGGCCGCAGAGCACGACGUGGAAGGCCUACGCAGACGGAAAGGCCGCGACGCGCCCCCUGCUCAGCCCGGGAUCUCCCACAAUGGACACAGAGAGGCCCUCAGGAAUGAGGAGGGAGGGUUCCCUGGGACAAAGUGGCUGCUGGGGUUGCUAGCUGUCUUAGGCCUGGGCUUCUUGGCCUUCUCAGGCGCCAUCUUUGAUCUGGAGGACGGCCCUGUGGACAACCUGGGCACCCUGAGUAGCUCAGAGGGAGAGGAGCAGCACCCUGGCAUGGACGGGAAGCAGGACUGGAUGACUUCUCCCCCGCUUGAGCCUGCAAAGGGUGCCAAGCUGCAGCGUGCCAAGGACAGGACUCCGUCGGAGACCCCUGCCGAGCCCCAGAGUUUGGAUGCCAUGGGGGUCCUGUUGGAUAAGCUAGCCAAGGAGAACCAGGAGAUCCGGCUCAUGCAGGCUGAACUGCAGGCCCAGAAGGAAGAGCUCCAGGGCAUGCUGCGCAAGACAGAGGGAGAGGCCUUGGUGUUCACCACCCAGCAGCAGAGCUUGGCUGCGGAGAACUCCAGGCUGAGGGAAUCGCUGCAGAGGGAGACCUCUGCCCUCUCGGCCGCGCAGGCCAAACUACGCCUUCUGCAGGAGAAGCUGCGAGGGACGGAGGGCGCCAAAGCCCGACAGCACGGGGAAGAGGAACCCGCUGUAGAAGAUCAGCGGGAACAGGCUGAGAGGCUGGCACCUGAAACCCGCCGGCUGCGCUCCCUGCUGGAGUCAGUUCGCCACGGCCUGGAGAAAGCCUUGCAGAAAACUCCCCCCGGUUAUGGAGCGGAGGAGCUGCGGACGGAGCUCAGUGCCCUUCAGCAGCAGCUGGGCCAGGAAUUGGAGCACCCUGGAGGCACCAAACCAGCAUGGAGGGAGGCCCAGAAGGCGAGGCGAGGCAAGGAAAGAGCCUGGGCAAAGCGGCAUGAGGGCCAGGAGGGGCCACGGCCUGGGCAUCCUGGCAAGGACCCUCAUAAGUCCUCCAAGGCACCGGAAAACGGGCCUCACCGUCCCCGGAAACACCAGGGCCCACGGGACACCAAGCCAGCCAAGGAGAGGGAACCCCCGAGCGUUGGACGGAAAGCCAAGAAGCCUACGGAGCCCAGUGCAUUGUGGGAGAUGCUGACCCAACACCGUUAUCGGGCUCCCCAGGGGUGUACCGGCAUUGCCGAGUGUGCCCGGCAGGAAGGGCUUGCCCCAGUGCAGAAAACUGGCUUCCUGCGGAUAGUACAGACCUACCUGGCCGGGAUGGGCUGGGCGGAGCACCACGGGGCCUUGGCGGCUGCGCUAGAGGGCUUCUUCGGCAGUGAUGGGACAUUCGCCCACAACCGCACAAGCUUUGUUGAUCUUCUGGAUGAUGUCGAGGACGUGCUAGAGGAUCUGGCAGAGCUGCUGGGGGUCAGCGAAGAUGCGGUUGACGAUUUUGAGGAGGUGGUCCUGAGGCAGCUUGGAGCGGCACCGGGAGGCAGGUUUACUCAGCGAGACAGCGCCCAGCGGAAUCCCAAGGAACGGCCACGCGAGGGUCAUGUUCGUAAGAACGGCAGAGAGGGCAACCACCGAGGCGAAGGCUAGAUCCACGGACCGGCCAGUACUAAUUUGGCUUGAGAUGGGGAGGGGGGAAGUGGACUUUAAUGAGGACUUUUUCUUGGCACACCACAGGAUGUCAGGAGAGGGAAGGAGGAGAGAUUGCUUGGGUAUCGGAAUUCGGCAAGGAAAUAGGCUACUCAGAGCUCUCCCCCUGCCCCACCACAGGUACCAAGUUCUGACGUGGAUUGACCCAAACCCCUCUCCCUCUUUCCUCAUGUCAACUCAAUGCCCACAGUAGUGGCCAGCGGUCGUGACGUGGCCAAUCGCUUCCCCAGUACCAGGGGAAUGUUUCCCCACCCAAGUGCCCUGCCUUUGCCAGUCUAUGCCCUUGAGCAACUAGAAUGAAAUGUUUCCUGAGGACUGAGGAAAACCUGCCCACCGGCCACCGUACAGACCGAGGCGGUGUGACAAAAUCGAGAGAAUUUUCAACCAUCUUAUUUUCCUCUUCAUGCAGCUAAGGCAGGCUUUUGUUUUUGGAAAGUGGGCAUCACCAGAGCUUUUGUGCUUGAACUGGCCUCGAAGGGGCUGUGGCUCAGCGGAAGAGCCUCUGCUUUGCACGCAGAUGGUCCCAGGUUCGAUCCCCGGCGUCUCCAAUAAAAAGGACCACGGUAGAGUGUGAUGUGAAAGACCUCAGCUGGGGAGCAGCUGCCAGUCCGAGUAGACAAUACCAUCAAUAGACCGAUGGCUGAUUCAGGCGGCUUUAUGUGUGCGUUCAUUUGUGUGGCCCCGCAUCUGAUUCUGCAGUUCGACAAAAAGCAUUGCAUUUGUGUGACGACUUCUGAAGGAUGGUAACACGAAGGCCCCUUCCCUUCUUGGCUUGAGUAACACGGGACUGCCUCCACCACACCCCCUCCCUCACAACUCUUUGCACUACGAGUGUGGCAGAAACCAAAUAAAGGCACUAACUGAAAGAAAAAAGGCUGACGGGAUUGAAGGGCGGAGGGAUGCGUCUUGGGAGUGGGGGGCUUUUAAAACUUUUCACCCUGAUUUCUCAUCACCACCCUAGAUACCGGAAUCCUUUCCCUUGACUCCUUCUGCUGCUUCUCCUGACCCCUACAGAAGGAACGAGAGUGCUUCUAAGCAUGUGCAGAGUGCCUUUGAUUAUCAGUUAAACCAAUACACAUACACCUUCUCCACGUUGUGAUAUCAGCAGCUUGCAGGAUGUGUUACACAGGUGUCAGCCAAGUUGCAAAGCCAGAUGUAACCCAUGGGGGACGCUGUUAGAUCCGUCUUCAACCUGUACACAUGGGGAAUCUUGCCGGAAGAGGGAUUUAAAAUUCUAGCCUUUGUAUAUUUUUCAUGUCAGAAGUGCUUCACCAGUUACACAUUACUGGCCCUUUGGUCAUUAUUGUUAACAUAGAACUUCUCUGGACUGCAUCAACCGGGGCAGUCUAGGAACAGUCUUGUCUACAAGCAGAUGGAAAGGAAUAAUAAUUUACAAAGUAUGUUAUUAUUAUCCCCACAACAAAACACCCUGUGAGGUGGGUGGGUCUGAGAGAGCUCUGAGAGAGCUGUGACUGACCCAAGGUCACCCAGUUGGCUUCAAGCGGAGGAGUGGGGAAUCAAACCUGGCUCUCCAGAUUAGAGUCCUGCUGCUCUUAACCACUACACGAAACUGGCUCUCUGCUGAGUUCUGAGAUGCUCAGGAAAAAGGUGGGUCAAUAGAGAAAAGACAGAGAAAUUAGAUACAAUAAAAAGCAUCACUUAUAUGUCUAGUGCAUAUAUAUAUAGUUGGGAACGCCAUGACUUUUUUGUUCACUCCAUAUAUCGCUAUUUUCUGGGCCCAAUAAAAUU